UUGCUGUGCAGUAUUGGCAGCAAGGGUGGGGCGGAACAACAUAUUUAGCAUAUCACGUGACGCUGUAUUAACAAAUCAACAAUUACUAACCCGUUAUUCUUCAGGAGUUGCUAAGAGGCUUUGCAGGACGCGUUUGUGGGAAGCUCAAUGGAAAUGUGCGAGCGGAAUCCUUUAAAUCCGGGCUAUGUUGGGUCUUUGUUGAAUUUCGCUCCUCCUGAGUCGCUCUAUUUCUCCAACCUGCGGGGUAAUGGAGCCCACUUACCCGGCCUGCAUCAGAUUCCUUACAAUAGGAGAGAGGUGUGCACACUGCCGUGGACUUCCCCAAGUUCGUGUGGAGCUGGAUCUGCAGUACCACCGCCACCGACACCAGCACAGAACCGCGCCUUUGGGGGAUACUGUCCGCCGUUUUUAUCCAACUCUGUGUCUAUAAAUACAAACUCCAGCACUGGCCAUGUCAAGGCGCAUUUGGAGGAGUCGGCUCGAUGCUUUCAGAGCGCAAUCCAGAAGACGGGGGAGGCAGGAAGGCUGGCUGAAGUUUACGCAGGAGAGCACGGGGCCGUCACAGAGCGCGGGUACUCGGACCUCAACAGCCGGACUCAGCUUGAUCCGGAUUCUGCAGGUUCACUAAACGGCCCCAAACAGGAGCAGAAUCACGCUCAGCCAUCAGCCAGUCACACGUGCACCAGGACGACAUUUGCAGAAGGUGCCCCAUGGUGCUCAUCUCAAGUGAAAACCAGAAAGAAGAGGAAGCCCUACACGAAACUUCAGCUGGCUGAACUUGAAAAUGAGUUUCUGAUGAAUGAAUUCAUUAACAGACAGAAACGCAAGGAUCUGUCGGAGAGACUUGACCUGAGCGACCAACAGGUGAAAAUCUGGUUUCAGAAUCGGAGGAUGAAGAAGAAACGGCUGAUGAUGCGCGAGCACGUUUUCUCUGCCUACUGACCUUUGGACUUGAUCAUGACCAAAGAAAUAUGCUGUUUACUAUGAACGAUGCAGCACAACACACACCACUCCUGUUUAUGGGAUGGACUUGUAUUUAUAGAUGUGUAUAGAAUGUUUCUAUUCCUGUCGCAUUACAGAUUUACAGUUUUAUCCCAAGUUCAAUGAUAUUGAUGCUUGUGAAAAAAAAUGACAGCCAUGUAUGAUAAUAAUGGCUUUUACGCACACAUUUUGAGAUUCUCCAAAUGCGCACUGCCGCUUUAAGACCUGCUCCAAUUCGGCUCUUAUAGCUACGUA